AUGGACAAUCCUAACGCCGUGCCGCGAAAGUUAACAACCGACGGCAUUACCACGGGCCCCGGGACCAAGCGUCGCCGCAUUAGGCCGUCGCGAGCCCGUGGCUUGAGAACCAGGACAGGAUGUCUCACUUGCAGGGAGAGACGCGUGAAAUGCGACGAUGGUAAACCCACAUGCGUUCGGUGCUCCAAGUCAGAUCGAAUCUGCCGCUAUGCCCAGGUCGCUGAUGAGCGACAUGCAACGGGAGCCGGAGCCGGAGCCGACUAUGAGUCCCCAAAGGUGCAAUCGGAUUCAAGGGAAGCUAGGUCUCAGGAGGCACUGCCGAGUGUUGGUUCGGCGGCGUACUAUCGUCAGGUGACCUACUCAGGUCCUACUGAACACCCUGACGGCUCGAUUGAGACGCCACAGAAUGACCGUCUGAACGAGGCCGGUGACCAGAGACUGUCCAGCCUUGAUCCCUGCUUCUCGGCUUCUCCACUUUCCCUUAGCCAGAUCUCCCUACUCAACAUCUCUCCUUUUGAGUGGUACGACCUGCUAGCACGAGAUGCUAUCAGCAACAUUCAUCGGCUGAACGAUGCAUCAACGGGCGAUUCACGAUGGAAAUUCCCCGAGAUUGCCCUCUCUCGUCGACAGUCACCAGCUCCUGAAUGCCCUGAGACCCACGUUGAGCAAUCCAAUAGGCACUCUGAGCAGCAGCAGCAGCAGAUCGAACCUCCUUUACUGAACUAUCAACAGGUAUUUGAACCUUGGAACACAACAAGUAGGAUAGAAUUGUCGGAAACCGACGUCAAGUUCUUUCGAUACUACAUCGAAGUUGUUGGGCCAAUCCUAGACUUGUUUGAUCCCGCUCGGCAUUUCAGCAAUGUCGUGCCCCAUCUUGCACUACGAAACACAGGACUCUUGAAGUCAAUACUCGCAGUUGGAGCUAAACACAUGUCGCUCGGUCACAUGCAUAUGCCUGGUGAAGAUGUGCCAGGCGACCAUGCGACUCCAAAUGUGAAUUCUCCAACCUCGCUGGCAGCAGCGACUGGCCUGCCAUCAGAACCAGACCCUGCUCCAGCCCACAUGGCUACACAGUUUUAUUAUGAAACGCUCCAAUACCUCUCGCAGACACUACUAUAUCCCUCCUAUGCAGACUCGCACGAGAUACUGGCGACAGCCACCAUGAUCAGCACGUACGAGAUGUUCGACGCCGACAGCGCCACAACCAGCGGUGACUGGGAGAAACACCUGCGAGGCUCCUUCUGGAUACAACGGUCUCAAGACAACGAUGGCGAAUCUGUAGAUGGUUUGAGGCAAGCUGUGUGGUGGGCAUGGCUCAGGCAGGAUAUUUGGGCAGCAUUCCGGGCAGGGCGACCAACCCUCACUUUCUGGCGAGCUCGCAAGGGGCUCGAGGAGCUUGACUCGGAUGAACUCGCGACAAGGAUAGUCUACAUUUGCGGCAAGUGCGUCGCAUACGCCGCUUCUAAUGAGACGUCAAAUCAUGAUCCAAGACACAGUAUUGAGCAGGGAGACCGACUUCUCUACGCACUCGACGAUUGGUACCGUGCCCUCCCUGCUUCAUACCAGCCUGUCACCGUCGCCACGGAUACUGCCUCAAAUACUACUGUGUUCCCGCCUAUAUGGAUUCACCCGCCCAGUCAUGCAGGCGCUAUGCAGAUGUACAAUUUCGCCAGAGCCACUGUGUUGCUGAACCAACCCACGAUGGGGGGGUUAAACGCUUAUUGUCUCCGUGAUAAGCAGCUUAGCGAAUGUGUCAAGAUGGUCUGCGGCAUCGCCAAAGCCUGUCAGGACCAUGAAUCCGCAAUGGCCUUUGUUAAUGUACAGGCUUUGUUUGGAGGGGGCUUGUUGCUGAACUCAAAAAGGUGUGGCAGGAAUGAGCUGUAG